AUGCCACGGUCCAAAGUAACUAAAGCAUGUGAUACUUGUAGACAUUUAAAAGCCAAAUGCGAAAAGCUUGAUCAGGGUACUAAGUGCAGUAAAUGCAUAAAGCGUAAUGUUGAAUGCACUUAUUCGGUUCAACAAAGAAGACGAGGGCCCAAACCAAAAUCUCCGAAUGACAAAAAUAUCCCUACAAUUAGUAGAGAUUCUUCCAGCAAUAAUAAUGUCAUCCUUGCUUUUAAUAGAGAAUUUUCCAGCAAUAAUAAUGAAAAUAUCCUUAUACUUAGUAGAAAUUCUUCCAGUAAUAACUAUCAACAAGAUGACUAUGAUACUUCAACUUCCAUCUCAUUAUUGCCGUACUCAUAUGAAAAUAUUCCGGGUCAUGAAGAAUAUAUU